CGUCCGCCCCUGGCCGGGAAGGAGGACGCGCUGCGGCGGGCCGGUGCCCCGGGAAAGGCGCGCGCCGCCGCCCUGGCCUCGGGCGCCCGCCUGCCCGCAUUGUCUCAGCUCCAUAGCAACUCGGCGGCGGCGGGGGCCACGCGCGCUGCGCGGCGUCGGCGUGCGCUCCGGCUCCGGCUCCGGCUCCCGCUCCGGCUGCCGGGGAGAGACCGGCGCUACCGGGCGAUGGCGCCCUGACGGGCCCGCGCGGGCGCCGGGCGCGGGCAACGGCGGCGGCAUGCCCGAGAAGCGGCUCACCGCGGAGCCACCAGAUAUUACAGAAGAAGGAUUUGAAGAUUUUUUGGCAACAGAUGAUUUCCUUGUGGACUACUUUAAUGAAUUCCUUAGCCUUCCAACCUUUUCAGAGGCAAUUAGAUUUAAUGUGGAUUUUGGAGUUUUUGAAAUAGUUAACAAUGCUCCACAACUUCUGGAAAAGCAACUGAAAAAAAUUCUACAAAACCAACAACCUCGAAAUCCCAUCUAUGAUGUCAUAAGGAAAGGAAAGAAUGAUGUUAAACCUGUUCAGAUGAAUGACCCCUAUGAAGAUAAGACCAUUAAUAUCAACUACAAUAUCAUGUGUCUCAGUCGUGAAGAAGGUAUUGAGUGGAUCAAAAAAGAAAGACUUCCAGCGUUCCUGGAAAGUGAUUGUUACUUUGAAUACAGAUUAGCCAAAUUGGUCUCACAAGUGAGAUGGAGUGGAUCAGGUAUGAACUUCACACUCAGUGCAGAUUUUUCCCCGUGGGUCCUGAAAAAACCAGCCAGCCCACCACCACCUGUUGCUGAAGAAGAGAAUGUUAUCAUCAUGAAAAAGUUCUACAUUUCUCUUGGCGAGGCCUCCUAUACUCAAACAAAAGAUUGGUUUGCCUUAGCGAAACAGAGUCUGCAAACAGCAUCCACGUUUUCAUUACCAACUUACGUAGUCCACAGCAAACUGGAAACUCCGGUUGUUUCAUCUGUUUCUGACAGCUUUUUCUUUGAUGAUGGAAUUCACCCAAGGACAAAAAGGGACUCAUCUGAAUCCGUUAGAUUAACUUCUCGUUUCGAAGAAGACGACGACAUGGGCUCCAUCUCUCUACAAGACACUCCUUCUCAAGCCCUUUUGAGAAUAUACCUUGAGAGGCAACAGGAUGAUGAUGAAAGCCUUACAUUGAGUUUCUCAACAUGGGAGGAAUUUUUAAGAUCUUAUAUAGCCUUUAUUUUGAGAGUAGCAAUUCAUCAAAUUUUUGAAGAGCCACUGAUAGAAAGCCCAGAUUAUAUAAACUUCAACAAGGUAACAGAAGUGGUGCUCGAGGAGGGUUUUGAGCCUCUCUUUGGCAGAAAUAUUUUGUUAAGUGAAACAUUUCAAAUCACAAAUGAAAAGUCAAAAGAGAUGUUAGAACAAUCAAGUUCAAAGAGUGAGAGCAUUGGACCAGAAACCAGGGCUGACUGGUGCAUGUCUCACAAAACCUAUGAUAUUGGCAAUAGAAAGGAGUUUGAAAGAUUUAAGAAAUUUAUAAAAAAUACAUUAGGAGAGAGAUAUUGGUCAUUAUGGAUGGAUAUCGAGAGGCUGAAAGUUCUUAAGGACCCUGGAAGACAUCAAAGACAUCUUGAGAGGAUGAAAAAAUACUAUCUGGUAAGCAAUGGAGAUUGCUACCUUUCUACAGAAAUAUUAUCAAAACUUAAGCUGCUGGAUGCAUCUCAGUGGAAUGAAGAACACUUAAGAAAUAUUCAGACUGAGGUUGUAAAACCCUUACUUCUAUAUUGGGCACCAAGAUUCUGUGUUACUCAUUCAUCCUCAGUGAAACAUGCUAGUGCUGAACUGAAAUUCUGGCACCUCCGUCAAGAGAAACCAAGGAAGGAUGUUGACCCUUUUCCACAAAUGGCAACCCUCUUGCCAUUAAGACCUAAAUCUUGUAUUCCACAGAUAUCUGAUAUGCAGAAAGAAGAGUCCAAUUUAUUACAACGUCCUAAAUCUCCCAAGAAACCCCCUCGAGUAAAAACAGCAGUUCAAAAACCGUGGAGGAGCAAGUCUUUGUCUCUAAUUUCUUCGAAGGGCAAUGUGACUGAGAAAGGGCUGAGGCACAGGUUGGAAAGCAGCAAUGUUAUUCGCUUAACAUCUUUUACUGACAUUUCUGAAUGUCUGAAGCCCCAACUGGAUAGAAGAUAUACUUACACAGAAGAACCUUUGGUUAAAGCCAUGGCUGAUGGUGCCUUGGGAGGAUUUGACAUGGAAAAUUUGUUGCAAUCUUUGUAUGUAGAAAAUAGAGCUGGAUUCUUCUUUACUAAAUUCUGUGAGCAUUCAGGAAACAAGUUGUGGAAGAACUGUGUGUACUUUUGGUUUGACCUACAGGCUUAUCAUCAGCUUUUCUACGGAGAAACACUUCACCCUUUUAAAGUAUGCAAACAAGCCCAAUAUCUUUUUGCCACAUACAUUGCUCCUUCGGCUACUCUUGACAUUGGACUCCAACAGGAAAAGAAAAAAGAAAUCUAUAUGAAAAUACAGCCACCAUUUGAAGACCUUUUUGACACGGCAGAAGAAUAUAUCCUCCUCCUCCUUCUUGAGCCCUGGACAAAGAUGGUAAAAUUCGACCAGGCUGCUUUUGGAAAGGUGGAGCUGAUAGAAGAAACUCGACAGUUAGAUUCCACAUACUUCAGAAAGCUACAGGCUUUGCAUAAGGAGACAUUUUCCAAGAAAACUGAGGACACUGCUGGUGAAAUUGGAACUGGUAUUUCACGGCUUUCUGAGGUCUCUAAAAAACCAGAAUACUGGAAUAAUGUUCCUGAAGAAUAUAAGCACUUUAAUUUUAAUGACCUGCUUAACAACAAACUGGAGUUUGAACAUUUCCGCCAGUUUCUUGAGGCUCAUUCUUCAAGUAUGGACCUUAUGUGCUGGACGGACAUUGAACAGUUCAGAAGAAUAGUUUAUGGAGACCAAAAGCAAAGGGAAGAAAAAUCUAUAUAUAUUAAAAACAAAUACCUUAAUAAAAAAUAUUUCUUUGGCCCCCAAAGUCCAGCUUCUCCAUAUCAGCAGGACCAGAUAAUGAAUCUAAGUGGUGGCUGGGGAAGGAUGCUCCAUGAGCAGCUUGAUGCCUCUGUCCUGCUUGAAGUUCAGAAGCACGUCCUCAAUAAGCUGGAAAACGUGUGGCUGCCAUUGUUUCUUGCAAGUGAACAGUUUGCAGCACGCCAAAAGAUAAAGGUACAGAUGAAGGACAUAGCCGAAGAGCUCUUGUUACAGAAGCAUGAAAGGAAGAUCGGGGUCUGGAAGCCUGUGGAGAGUAAGUGGAUAUCUUCAUCUUGUGAAAUCAUUGCUUUUCGUAAAGCAUUAUUGAAUCCAAUUACUGCAAGACAGUUUCAACGGUUUGUGGCACUAAAAGGAGAUUUAUUGGAAAAUGAUGUACUCUUUUGGCAAGAAGUACAAAAAUAUAAGGACUUGUGCCAUUCGCAUUGUGAUGAGUCCAUCAUUCAUAAGAAGAUCAUGACUAUUAUCCACUGCUUUAUUAAUUCUAGUAUUCCACCGGCUUUACAAAUUGACAUUCCAGUAGAGCAAGCCCAGAAGAUUAUUGAACACAGGAAGGAGUUAGGACCAUAUGUGUUUAGAGAGGCACAGAUGACAAUUUUUGGGGUUCUAUUUAAAUUUUGGCCUCAGUUUUGUGAGUUUAGGAAGAACUUAACUGAUGAAAAAAUUAUGAGUGUUUUAGAGAGGAGACAAGAAUAUAAUAAGCAGAAAAAAAAAUUGGCAGUCAUAGAAGAUGAAAAAUUUGCAAAGGAUGGACUCAGACAAUAUGCAAGUUCUUCAGCAUCUGCUAUCAAAACAGUUACUCUAGCCACUGACCCAGUUUUCGGCCUACAAGCAUAUGGUCGACAGCCAACCUGGUGCUACUCCAAGUACAUAGAAGCCUUAGAACAGGAAAGGAUUCUUCUUAAAAUUCAAGAAGAGAUGGAAAAAAAGUUAUUUACAGCCACAUCAUCUUUCACAAAUUUUAAGACUCCUGCUUCAGCUCUGUCUUUGAAAAAGACCGUAUCUUCCCACAACAUCCAGAUGAGAACCUGGUGGAGCUACUGGAAGUAAAACCCAAGACUGUGGACACCCCUCCCCGACCAAAGAAAGGGCCCCUUUCAAGCUGGUCUGCCCUGAGCCCUGGAGCAAGUCAUUAAUUACAACUUAAAGAAUUUCUCCCCAAAUUAACUCUAGCUGCUGGCUGCUUCUCCUGGUAAGCUGGAAUUCUCUGUAUCUGCCUGUCUUUCCCUCCAGUUUUAGGGGCAUCAGACUGCCCUGUUACCACAGUUCUUUGAAGGAUCCAGGAAGAGUUGUUGAUUUUUCAGUUUGUUCAGCUUUUUUCUUGUUGAGGAUGGUAGUAAUGACUUCUAGCUCUUUACCAUAUUGGAUAGGACCCUCAAGUUUGACACCAGUAUUUUAAAGAAUUCUGUAGUCCAUUUUAUUUUUAAGAUAAAAUUAAGAAAAUUUAAAUUAUUUGUUUUUAUUGUGUUAUAUGUAUGAAAUUGAUGGCAACCUUUAUAUUAUAAAUAUUAACAUGUUCGUUUUGGCCUAUUCUCAAAGUAUCCCCCAGCAUGGGCUAAUCUCAACUUUUUGGCACUAGAGACAAUUUCCUUAUAUUAGCAUGCUCAGAAGUAUCUUCUGACUGUGGUUCUACUGAUUCUUCUUAACAUCUCUUCAUUCAUCUCCUUCUUCUCCCAAGCCCAUAGGAUGACUGCCUUAUUCCAGAUUCUUAUCACCUUGAAUCUGAGUCCUAAUUAGUAACUCUCUCUUCUGCCUCACCAUCCUCCAACUGUGUUUGAUGAUUUUUUUAUAAAAUCACACCUUCUUAUUACAUUACCUUGCCUAAGCUUCAUUAAGAUGAUCAGUGGGGCACUUGGGUGGUUCAGUCGGUUAAAUGUCUGAUUCUUGAUUUUGGCUCAGAUCAUGAUCUCA